AUGAGGGGGGCUGGCCUGAGGGUCUGGCUGCUCUGGGCCCUGCUCCGGAGCUCGGCCCUGGGGCAGCCCUACACACCCAUCCACAGUGCCGGCUACUGCGCCUUCUACGACGAGUGUGGGAAGAACCCGGAGCUGACCGGGAGCAUCGGCGGCUUCUUGGCCAACGUGUCCUGCCUGAACAACACGCAGGCCGUCCGGGCCACCGGGGAGCACCUGGAGCUGCUGAGACGCUUGUGCCCCCGCCUGUACCAGGGCCCCGACAACACCUUCACCUGUUGCUCUGCCAAGCAGCUGCUGGCCCUAGAUAAGAGCCUGAGCAUGUCCAAGGGGCUGCUCACCCGCUGCCCGGCCUGUGCCGACAACUUCGCGAACCUGCACUGUCACAACACCUGCAGCCCCGACCAGAGCCUCUUCAUCAACGUGACCCGAGUGGUGGACAAGGGCCCUGGCCAGCUUCCGGCCGUGGUGGCCUACCAGGCCUUCUACCAGCGCCGCUUUGCCGAGGACACCUAUGACUCCUGCAGCCGCGUCCGCAUCCCCGCCGCCGCCGACCUGGCCGUGGGAACCAUGUGCGGCGUGUACGGCGCCACCUUCUGCAACGCCCAGCGCUGGCUCAACUUCCAGGGCGACACGAGUAAUGGGCUGGCACCCCUGGAGAUCAAAUUCCACCUGCUAGAGCCGGGGGAGAGCCCGGGGGGCGGGCUGCAGGCCCUGAGCAGCGCCGUCACGCCCUGCAACCAGACACAAGGCAAUGGCUCAGCCGCCUGCUCCUGCCAGGACUGCAUCUCCUCCUGCCCGGUCAUCCCCACCCCUCACGCGCUUGACACCACCUUCCGCCUGGGCCGCAUGGCGGGGGGCCCGGCGCUGGUCAUCAUCCUCUGCUCCGCCUUUGCCCUGCUGGCCACCUCCCUCCUGUGUGUGCAGCUGCUCCGGGGGCCGCACAGGCCGCCAGCCUCUCCCCGCAAGGCAGGCGCCAGCCCCUCCAGCCACAGCCUCCUGGGGAGCUUCUUCCAGGCCUGGGGCACCUGCGUGGCCUCGUGGCCCCUGACUGUCCUGGGGGUGUCCUUCACGGUGGUUGUGGUCUUGGCCGGGGGCCUGGCCUUCAUGGAACUGACUACAGACCCCAUAGAGCUGUGGUCAGCCCCAAACAGCCAAGCACGGCGCGAGAAGGAGUUCCACGACCAGCAUUUUGGCCCCUUUUUCAGAACCAACCAGGUGAUCCUGACGGCCCCCGGGCGGCCAGGCUACCAGUACGAGUCGCUGCUGCUCGGCCCCAAGAACUUCAGUGGGAUCCUGACUCUUGACCUGCUUUUGGAGCUGCUGGACCUCCAGGAGAAGCUGCGGCAUCUGCAGGUGUGGUCCCCGGAGGAGGGGCGCAACGUGUCCCUGAAGGACAUCUGCUACGCCCCCCUCAAGCCGCACAACACCAGCCUCUCCGACUGCUGCAUCAACAGCCUCCUGCAGUAUUUCCAGAACAACCGCUCAAACCUGCAGCUCACGGCCAACCAGACGCUGUCUGGGCAGACGGUGCAGGUGGACUGGAGGGACCAUUUCCUCUACUGCGCCAAUGCCCCACUCUCCUUCAAAGAUGUCACCAAACUGGCCCUGAGCUGCAUGGCGGACUACGGGGCCCCUGUCUUCCCUUUCCUGGCCGUGGGAGGUUACAAAGGGAAGAACUAUUCUGAGGCGGAGGCCCUGAUCAUGACCUUCUCGCUCAACAAUUACCCUCCCGGGGACCCGCGGCUGGCGCAGGCCAAGCUCUGGGAGGAGGCCUUCCUGGAGGAGUUGCGGGCCUUCCAGCGGCAGACGGAAGGCAGGCUCCAGGUCACCUUCAUGGCAGAGCGCUCCCUGGAGGAUGAGAUCAACCGUACCACAGCUGAGGACCUGCCCAUCUUCGCCACCAGCUACCUCAUCAUCUUCCUGUACAUCUCCUUGGCCCUGGGCAGCUACUCGCGGUGGAGCCGAGUGCUGGUGGACUCCAAGGCCACCCUGGGCCUGGGCGGCGUGGCUGUGGUGCUGGGGGCGGUCAUGGCUGCCAUGGGCUUCUUCUCCUACCUGGGCGUCCCCUCGUCCCUGGUCAUCCUGCAAGUGGUGCCGUUUCUGGUGCUGGCCGUGGGCGCCGACAACAUCUUCAUCUUUGUUCUCGAGUACCAGAGGCUCCAGAGAAGACCCGGGGAGCAGCGGGAGGCCCACAUCGGGCGCGCCCUGGGCAGCGUGGCCCCCAGCAUGCUGCUGUGCAGCCUGUCUGAGGCCGUCUGCUUCUUCCUCGGAGCCCUGACCCCGAUGCCGGCCGUGCGCACCUUUGCCCUGACCUCUGGCCUGGCUGUGCUCUUGGACUUCCUGCUGCAGAUGUCAGCCUUCGUGGCCCUCUUCUCCCUGGACAGCAAGAGGCACGAGGCCUCCAGGCUGGACAUCUGCUGCUGCUUCCGCUCCCAGGGGCAGCCCCCCGUCCACCAGAGCGAGGGGCUCCUGCUCCGAUUCUUCCGGAAGGUCUACGCCCCGUUCCUUCUGCACAGGGUCACCAGAGGGGUGGUGGUGCUGCUGUUCACGGCCCUGUUUGCCAUGAGCCUCUAUUUCAUGUGCCACAUCUCCGUGGGCCUGGACCAGGAGCUGGCUCUGCCCAAGGAUUCAUACUUGCUCGACUACUUCCUCUUUCUGAACCGCUACUUUGAGGUGGGGGCGCCAGUGUACUUUGUCACCACUGGGGGCUACAACUUCUCCAGCAAGGCGGGCAUGAAUGCCAUCUGCUCCAGCGCCGGCUGUGACAGCUACUCCUUAACUCAGAAGAUCCAGUAUGCCACCAAGUUCUCUGAGCUGUCUUACCUGGCCAUCCCAGCCUCCUCCUGGUUGGAUGACUUCAUCGACUGGCUCACUCCAGCGUCCAUCUUUUCAACUUCCUGCUGUCGCAUCUACAGCUCCGGCCCCAACAAAGACCAGUUCUGCCCCUCGACCGUCAACUCCCUGAACUGCCUGAAGAAAUGCGUGACCACGGUGGAGGGGCCCUUGCGGCCGUCGGUGGAGCAGUUCCACAAGUACCUGCCGUGGUUCCUCAGCGAUGUGCCCAACAUCAAGUGCUCUAAAGGGGGCCUGGCGGCAUACAGCACCUCUGUGGACAUGGACCCCGAGGGUCAGAUUCUAGCCUCGAGGUUCAUGGCCUACCACAAGCCUCUGAAGAACUCGCAGGACUAUACGGAGGCCCUGCGAGCAUCCCGGGCGCUGGCUGCCAACAUCACCGCAGAGCUGCGGAAGGUGCCGGGGACCGACCCCACCUUCGAGGUGUUUCCUUACACGAUCACCAAUGUGUUUUACGAGCAGUAUCUGAGCAUCGUCCCCGAGGGCCUCUUCAUGCUGACUAUGUGCCUGCUGCCCACCUUCAUCGUCUGCUACUUCCUGCUGGGCAUGGACCUCCGUUCCGGCCUCCUCAACCUCUUCACCAUCAUCAUGAUCCUGGUGGACACCGUGGGCUUCAUGACCCUGUGGGACAUCUCCUACAAUGCCGUGUCUCUCAUCAACCUGGUCACGGCAGUGGGCAUCUCCGUGGAGUUUGUGUCCCACAUCACACGUGCCUUCGCUGUCAGCACAAAGCCAAGCCGCCUGGAGAGGGCCCGGGAGGCCACGGUCUCCAUGGGCAGUGCGGUAUUUGCUGGAGUGGCCAUGACCAACCUGCCGGGCAUCCUGGUCUUGGGCCUGGCCAAGGCGCAGCUCAUCCAGAUUUUCUUCUUCCGUCUCAACCUCAUCAUCACCCUGCUCGGCCUGCUGCAUGGCCUGGUCUUCCUGCCGGUCAUCCUGAGCUAUGUGGGGCCGGACGUCAACCCUGCCCUGGUGCUGCAGCAGGCCGAGGGGGCAGCUGCCUCCACCUCCACAGCCCCCUGCUCCAAGCACGCGCCCCCGAGGGACAGCAGCCCGGCCCCUGAGAACAGAGUCUGUGAGAAUGUCUACAACAACGUUGGCUUUGAGCCUGCAACCGACUCGGCCUUGGACCCAGGGGAGGCCCCGAUGGACUCUGCCCGCGCCGCUGGCCUCUCGUCGAGGUGGUUCAAGCUGCAUCUGUUGAGGAGGGCCUACGCCUGGGCCUGCAGCCACACACUCCCCUCCUUUGCCGAGAGCUCUGGACUCCGGGCCUGCCCCCAGUGCUGGCCCAUGCUCCUGCAGGCCCGCAGCAAAGCCCCACUCUGA